AUGUUCGGGGAGCGCGUCGGCCGUCCUCGCAGGGACCUCAUCAGGGCAUUCCAUAGCGCUACAGCUCCAUGUAACCUACCGGGAGUGGACUGGGUGAGUUUCCAGCCUGGCCCGCACCAAAACUCAGACCAGAUGGUGGCGGAAGGUCCCUGGGACAUACUCGGCCAGCGGUGGCUUUUCCUCGCCAUCUGUGAUGGCUACGGCGGACCAGACACGGCCCGCUUCGUGGCCGACGCGCUUCCUCAACGACUGCUUCCGGCGCUUGCGCUGACAAUACGGAGACAUUGUGGCGGCCUCCUGGACCGCAAGAAUUGCGAGGAAGCGUCCCCCCAUAUUGCCGACAUGCUGCGAGCGCAGAUAGUCGACCUCGACUACUCCUUGAUGGGAGCUGUCCAGCGGGCCUGUCCCAAGCCAAAGUACCUCGCGAGCAAGGAAUACGCCAUGGGGCUUAUUCGCGAACACGCGAGCACGGGCGUAUUUGCGCGUGCUGCACAAGGCAGCACGCUCGCGAUGGCCAUCAUUGCGAUCGAGGACCGUUUCAUGUGGGUGGCGGGGGUAGGCAACUCCACAGUCGCCCUCUCGACAGUGGACCACGAAGGAACCCGCAGGGCCAAACGCCUCUGUACGAGGCAUACGUUCGGCAAUCCAGAAGAAUUCCAACGGGUGCUCGCGGCGCGUGCAUUAUCUGCGCACGCACCCAUAGACAGUACCCACCCGCUCCUCCGCUGGAGCCCGCUUACCCGUGUUAUCGGCCACGUCCCCCUCAAAAUGGAGCACGCAUACAUGGAGAAUCUGUUCCGUCACGUCCACAUCGACAACGACGUCCAGCUGUCCGACCUCGUCGGCAAGAUCAGACUCCCCUCCUACCUCACCGCCGAACCAGAGGUGCAUUUCGUCGACCUCAAGCCCGUGUGGGGCCGAGACCCGGUCCUCCUCUUGUUCACCGAGGGUGUCGACCACCUCGUCGACGAUUCCUUUGUCUUCAACCCCGGCACGUCUCGAGGCGUUGACACGCUGGACAUCGUGCCCGCGCUGUUGUCGGACUCGCCUGACUCGACGGUCGAGGCUAUAUUGGGCCACGACGUGUUGCCCAGGUGGAGUGGUGCUGAGCGCAAUAGGGCCUUCGACGUUCUCGGAAACCUCCUGGGUGGACGGAAUACGAAUAGGCUUCGGGAAGUGCUGCAAAAACCCUUAUCAGAGGCGGAACGAAAUCGAUUCGUCAUAAGGGACACGUCUUUGAUAAUUGCUCGCUUUUUAGACAUGCGUUGA